AUGUUUGCACUCAAGAAUAUUUGGAAAGGGAAGCCAGACCUUUCAGAAAGAGAUCAAGAAAUUUCACAGACAGUACCAAUUUCGUCUUGUGAUUCAGAAUGUGGAAGUUGUACCACAAAGUUCCCUCCAAGUGUAAAAGUUGAUGAUGGUGAUAUAUACAAAAGUGCACAACCAACAGGGCUACAUUUCAUAGUACCGACAUCCAAGGCUGACUGGGCUCAUGAUGCUACUGGUACUUCAAAUACCAUAGAAAAUAAAAUUUCUCAAUGGAUAGGAAAGCAUGGUGCAGAUUUCGUUAAAGAAGGUAGUGUAAAAGUUUCAGCCUCUUCUUUACCAUUUGAUUCUAUGGAUCCAAGGUGCUAUAAAGGUGAAGUUAAUGAUGUCCUUAUAUUGCCGUAUUUUGUAUGGAUCAAAAAAGUAGAUUUAGACAAUGUUUUCCCAUUAUUAAAUGAGCUAAUUCCAAUUUUAAUAAAAUCUAGAGAUGAUAAGAUUUCACCACCAACAGAGAUUCAAAGGUUUAAAAUAGAGAUUGCAGUGGAACAGGCUUAUGUCUUUUUAUGCUCACAUAGAACAAGAGAUAAAAGAUGUGGUAUAACCGCACCAUUAAUGAAAAAAGAGAUGGACCAUCGUCUUAGAGAAUUAGAAUUAUACAGAGAUAUUGGUGAUGAUAGACCAAAUGGUGUUAAAGUUUGCUACGUGAAUCAUGUGGGUGGUCAUAAAUUUGUUGCUAAUGUUCAAGUUUAUAUGAAAACUGGUGAAAUCAUAUGGCUAGCUAAAUGUAAUCCUGCAAAUGCAAUUCCUAUAAUUGAUGAAACUGUUUUGGGAGGUGGUAAAGUUUGGAGUAAAUUUGUUAGAGUUGUUCAAAAAACAAAAGGAAUUGAAUGGUGA